AGAGAGAGAGCUUGGCUGGGAGGCUGAGGAGGACCGUGGACUUGAGCGCAGAAGAAGAAGAAGAAGCAGCAUCAGAAGAAGAAGAAGAAGAAGAAGAAGAAGAAGAGGCAGGUCUUCAUCAUCCGACACUUGCUCAUCACUGACCACCGCUCAGAUCCUCUCUCCCUUCCUUUGUCCCCUGUGCUGGAUUUCAAGCAUUCUUCCCCCUCUCCUCCUCUGGCCUGACGGACCCACCAGCCCAUCACCAUGAACUACCUCCGCCGGCGCCUGUCAGACAGCAGCUUUGUGGCCAACCUCCCCAACGGCUACAUGAUGGAUCUGCAGAGGCCAACCCCUCCAGGCUCAUCCACUUCGUCCACUUCCUCCCCCGCCUCCCCGGCCACAGAGAGGCGGCAGCCCCCGAGCAUCCCCACUCCGGCCUCCAACCCGGCCUCAGGCUCGGGGCCGGGCACGGGCACGGGCACGGGUUCAGCUUUGGGCACAGGGAGCUUCCUCAGCUCCUUCUCCAGCGUGGUGAAGAGUGCUCAGAUGGCCCAGAACGUCGCCGCCGCUGCACACGCCAAAUCUGCAGCAACCGCAGCUGAUGGAGCCUCAACAGGAAGCGGUCAGCCCCCUAAACCGGUCAUACGCAAGCCCAAGAUCCUGCUGGUCAUCGAUGAUCAGCACACAGACUGGGCAAAGUAUUUUCGAGGGAAGAAGCUGAACGGAGAGUAUGAGAUCCGGGUGGAGCAGGCGGAGUUCUCCGAGAUCAACUUGGCCUCCUACGUCAACUCGGGAUGUAUGGUGGACAUGCAGGUCAACAAAGGUGGCACCAGAGUGGUCAGGUCCUUCAAGCCAGACUUCGUCCUGAUUCGCCAGCACGCCUACAGCAUGAUCCCCGGUGAGGAUUUCAGGAACCUUGUGAUCGGCCUGCAUUUCGGCGGCAUCCCGAGCAGCAACUCUCUCUUCUCCAUCUACAACUUCUGCAGCAAACCUUGGGUGUUUUCUCAGAUGAUUAAGCUCUACCAUUCCCUCGGUCCUGAGAAAUUUCCCCUGAAUGAACAAACCUUCUAUCCCAACCACACGCAGAUGGUAACAACCCCUUCAUACCCUGUGGUGGUCAAGAUGGGUCACGCCUAUGCUGGCAUGGGAAAGAUCAAAGUGGAAAACCAACAGGACUUCCAGGACAUCACCAGCGUGGUGGCUCUGGCCGGGACCUACGCCACCACCGAGCCCUACGUCCAGUCCAAGUAUGAUAUCCGCAUCCAGAAGAUCGGCAACAACUACAAGGCUUACAUGAGAACGUCCAUCUCUGGAAACUGGAAGGCUAACACGGGCUCUGCCAUGUUGGAACAGAUUGCAAUGACUGAUAGAUACCGGCUGUGGGUGGACUCCUGCGCUGAGAUGUUUGGUGGCCUAGACAUCUGUGCAGUGAAGGCUGUCCAUGGAAAAGACGGCAACGACUAUAUCAUCGAGGUGAUGGACAGCUCCAUGCCUCUAAUUGGUGAGCACGUGGAGGAAGAUAGACAGCUGAUCACAGAGCUGGUUAUCAACAAGAUGGCCCAGGUGCUGCUGGGAGUUUCCACACCUCAGACUUCCUUUGUCAAGACCACACAGCCCAGACGAGGGGGACACCGCUCUGCUUCCGCCUCUCCAUCUCAGUCGGCCCAGGGUUCACCUCAGCGAGCCCGAUCAGCCAGCACCUCACCCAGCCAGGCCUUCCAGCCCGGGCCCAUCCCUGCCACCUCCGGGCCUGGAGCUCAGAAACAGUCCCCACAGCUGAACAAAUCCCAGUCUCUGACCAACACCUUCACGGAGACGUUACGAGGAAGCCUGACCGACGAUGAGGCCAAAGCUGAGACCAUCCGCAGCCUCCGACAGUCCUUCGCCAGCCUCUUCUCCGAUUAAAAGCCUCUCCAGAAGCUUCCUCGUUCUCUUAGUUGUCAGGUUUGAAAAAAAUACAACCCUGACUGGUUCAUCUGUUGUGGAGUCUCCCUCCACCUCAGAGCCUCAGCUUCCUGUUCCUUCUCUUUCCUUCUCACUGUUUGUGAAGUUUAACACACGGUGCAACCCGCUGUCCUCAGAUCAAUGAUACAUCUAUCACUAGAAAGGCCAAUACAUAUUGGGGUUCUAACAUAAAGGCCAGUGUGUUGACUGAAGAUGUCAAACUUUAAAAGCUGACAUAUUUGCACUGGGCUUCCUUACAUGAGAUGUUAAAGAGAUGUAGGAUGUCAGUGCAGUGCAGUGCACUACAGUGCAGUCAGCUGAUGGCCUUUCUAGUGGUAAGUAAUAACAGUAAAUAAUCAUACUCAUAGCUCAUAAUGCUUGGUAUAUAGUCGUAAUUCUGCAUUCUGUUUGUCCAACCAGUGAAACUGUUCAUUAUUGGGUCGUGUCUUAUACAUAUAUACAUAUAUACACGUAUACAUUUAAUUAUAACAUUGAUCGCAGCUUCCAGACCGUUUGCAGAUGUCUGCCGCAAUAUUCUUAUCUGUAACUGUUCCGGUUAACUCAUGAGAAAUGUACUGAAUCCUCACGGUUCACCAGCGAUUUUAAGCAUCUUGCCAGCAGCCACAUUUCUCAGACAUCCAUGUGCUGUAGACACACAUAUUGGCUUACGUAGUGACUCCUCUACCUAACAUUACCAAAGUGCUUUUUAAUAAUAUCAUAAAAACACCCCCCCCCCCCCCCCCCCCGCGCACUGGGUGAAGAAAACAAUCGCACAGCUAUAACCAACCUUUGAGCGUGUGAUUUCAUAAGGUGCAAAUGCUCUACUGGCUUACAGCCAUCGUCUUCCAUCCUAGCCCAGAUCUUCCCCUGCAGUACUUCUCUUUCCUAAUGUUUUGUGCUAAAAUGGCACUGCAGUGUAUUUUCUGUGGGGGAUUUGUACCAUAACUACAGUACUACUGCUGUGUGUGUUUAAAGGCGAACAGUGAGGAUGUUCUAUUUGAGACUUCAAUUGAGACCUAAAAAGAUUUAGUCGUGUAACAUCACAUCUUAUAUCUUUAUUCUCCUUUAUUCUCGUCAACCAAGGAUCAUUUAUCAUCAUCUUUGUUUUAGUGUUUGGUCAAAUAGUGCGUAUACAACAUCUGCAGUGGUAGCAGCCAAAGCAGACACUUUUUUUUCCUCUUCCAUCCUGCUUUGGCACUGCACGUGAAUGUUUAGUGUAUGUCAUACGUAGAGUCCAAUUGGUAUUUUCUAACCGAAAACCAACACAAGCUCAUGAUUUUAACUAUUCUAUAAAAACAGCAAAGACCAUGGUAAGGCUUUAUUGUAUGGGUGCUGCAAUUUCGUGAUGAUUUCGUAGUGAUUUGGAUUUAAUGACUAAAAAAAUGGACGAUGAUCCAAUUUAAUCUAUGUAAAAUAUUUAUUUAUUUGAUGGAAACCUUAUUGUAUGCAACUAUGUUGGUAAAAGAAGUUCAAGCUACCAGUUUUAUUUGGAAGUUUACCAAUCAAUCAAUCAAUCAAUCAGUUUUAUUUGUCACAUGAAAUAUUACGAGGUACAAUUCCAACUGAAUAUUGUCUCAGUUUUCCUAUAUAAUUAGCACUAAAUUACGUCUUUUCAGGAAAUGUGAAUGUUCUUCUAUUCCAAGGAAAUAAUUAGGAAGCCCAUAAAAUAAUAGUUACCCGUUUGUUGCAUCGGGCUUACAGAAGGGGAUUGACAGUACAUUUGGCUUUCCAUACAGAGCACAAUCACAAUCUAAUGUGUCAAAUGUUCUUUUUGCAGGAAAUGAUCAAGCUGUGUUGUAGUGUGCUCUAGAUUUAUCUGUGCUACAAACUCAAUAAUCCUUGAUUUGUCUAUCAUUUAGAAGGACCUGGACAAAAAAGAAAAUUAUAAUCCAUAUUUCCUCUUAUUUUUUGUCUAAAUACCACAAACAGAAAUACAAUACAAAUAGGAUAUUUGAAUUUCUUUGAGAUGUGUGCAUUCAUUUAAAUGGACCUGUGAUUCCAGAGUUUUUAUUGUUCUUUUCAUAAUAAUAAUAAUAAAAAAAUAGUAAUAAUAAUAAUAAUAAUAAUAAUGAUAAUAGUAAUAAUAAUAAUAAACCCCAUUUUAAGGUCAACUUUGUUCAAAUGCAUGAAGCUGUAUAAAAUGUAUAGUGAUGUGUGUGGGUGUGUCUGUGUGAGUAAUUCAAGUUGUAUAUUUGCCAUUAUGAUUAAUAAUGAUACUACCACAAAAAUAACUGCCCAUUUUGCAAUAAUUCUGUUGAUAAUAAUUUUUCCACUAUGUUGAUUUGAAAUGAUGAAGCUUGACACUUUAAGAGAAGCUGCAAUUUUUGACCAAGCUUUUAUUUGGUGCUUUGCUGGUCUCACUGGCAGAAACAUGAGAAACUAACAUUGUUUGUUCGUUGGGCUAAAAAUGCUCAAAAUGUGUUUUGAUUGUCAAAAGACACACUACAGUGCUCAUUAUCAGCAAUCGUACAAAGCAAUGAUAGGGAUAGUAGUUUAACGUCUACAAACAGUUGUUCUGGAUGGAAAAUAAUCUGAUUGGUUGCAUUUUUCAUCAGUGGGAGGAGCCACAGAACCACAGUUUUGUAUGCUAUGUUCACACUAUCAAGCGUCAAAAGCUACAAAAAUGCCAAGCGUGGCCAGCUUCAUUGUCGCUGAGUCAUCGUUGAAGUGUUGCUCAAGCGCUCCCCCCCGUGUGCACCGCCAUACACAGAAAGCUAGCAUAGCGUCAGCUAACUAAGCUAAAUAAUACAGUACUACAGCUAGCUGUGUGCAUUUAAAAAAAAACAUAUGAUUGGUUUAUGCUUCACCACGUCAUUGGGGCGAGUGGAAAAAAGUUGACAGCUCAACUUUGAUUUGCAGCUCGUCACGCGAGUGUCACCGUCAGUUUGUAGCUUCAGCUGCUUCCACUGAAAAUGACUAAGACGUAGCUGUUGUGUUGUGAACACAGCAUUUGAGUAGUUAAUUGACCGUUUGCUAAGUCCCGCCCUCUUACUGUUGCUACCUGUCAAGCUUUCAGUUCUUACACGGUUAAUAUGCUGUUUACAACAAUAAUGGUGUCAGAUUUACUUUUUUUCUAAUUUUUUUUACAUUUUUGAAAGAGUGGAUCCUUAAGUGGAAAGAAGCUUUUCAUAGCAACACAUUCUCAUACCUAAACGACAGAUAGGUCGAUUGCCAAUAACUCCCAACAUGACAUAUAUGAACGUUGUUUUUAUUAUUUUUUAUGUACAUAACUUGCAACCCCACAGAAUAAUGUCAUAUGAAAUGCUCCUUAUCACUGGAAGUAACACAGGCUUAGGUUAACGGCCAGUAAGCUAGUUAGCCAGACAUGCUAACGUUAUAAUUAUAUAUUAUAUAUUAUAAUAAACACACUGGUUAAUCCAUUUCUUGCUUUAUUGCUCGUGUAUUUUGGUUUAUGGAAAGGCUUGAACAGUUGCUAAGCUAUGAUCGGACAAAUGCUGUUAAGGGGAGGGGUUUAGUGAAUGGUCAAUUAGCAUGCUCACCUGUGCUAGUAACAUUUUCCUUUAUUGCCAUUUAAGUUUUACUCAUUCGUGUGGCAAUAAAAAAAAUCAACUGGAGUGCUGUCCUAGUAUCUUUAUACUUUUUAAGUUUUUUCACACCUCCGAAGAUUGUUUGUAAAAGCAAGAUUCUGAUCUGCAGUCAGCUUUAUCUCGAAGUGUAGAGCACUUUUGCAGGCGUUUCCUCACCUUUGGCACUGUGUCAAAAUGGACCAAAUUAGCAUUUCAUUGUGAGACCGCUUGAAGGUUUAAAUCAUAUUGUUUUUUUCUUUUUUCUUUAUUGUAAAGAUGCCUACCACUUAGUAUGUUAUACUGCAGUGUGAUAAGCCAUAACCAAUCCAUGAGGAUUUACUAUCCCUUAAAUGCCACGCAAUAAUGGCUGUGACGUCACUGAGAAACUGAUAUAUUAACUUAAAUCACUGUGUCCAUUCACUUUUAGAGACAUUAGGGGGCCUGUCCUGCCCUGCAGAGGCAGUAACUGUUUUUGAUUUUGAGUUCAAACCAAGAGAAAUCGUACCACACAGUUUAGUGAUGUGCUACUUGUACUUCUGUCAGGAUGAAAGAUCAACUUUGAUGUCACUUUUCUCAUGCUGAAAUUUGGGUUUUUAAUUUGUCUCAUUUCAAUUUCAAUUCAAACUGAGCUGCAAAGUUGGCUAGUAACUACCUCAAGUUCAGCAGUGCUCUGCAGAAACUGACAAUAGAGUGGUAGUACUGGAAAAGAUUUUGUGAAAUGAGCAAAGCAAUGUUAGUGCAAGAAAGGGGAUUGGAAAUUGCCCCGUCAGCCGGAAGGGAUUAGUUUGAUACAUGGACUGUAGAAAAACAACAAUGUAGUGUCUGUGACAUCAACUUGAGGAGGAUCAGAUACCAAAAUUACUGCAACAUCCAAACAUAGGCAGCAGAAUGGAGGCUGUAAAUGCCUUCCAUGUAACAGCUAGCACAGUAUAAAAGCUACUCAAUCACUCCCCAAACAUACUCUGUUAAGUUUCAAUAUCCUAUUAAUGGACCUAUGGUUUAAUAGAAUGCAUAUAACUACUAAGACCUAAACAUUUUUAACGUUGUGCUUCUAGAGAGAAUAUGGCAGUCUACCCAUUGUUGUUAUUAUAGAUGGAUUUCCAACUGACCAAAGGAGGCAACUGCAGCAAAGGCCCUCUGUUUGAUCAGAUUGUCAAUAGCCAGAUGUUAGAUUAUCUUAGUUUACCAUCAAUAAAGGUUUGCCAGAUAAGCUUUUCAUUGAUGUAUUCAGUUUUUCAGAAAAAGUUUGUAUCCUGUUGUGUAAUACAGGGAUAGGGGGGCCAAUUGGGGCCCACAUCUGAUUUGUUCCCACCAGCAGGUUUAUCUGGCCCUGGUACCCAUUUUUUGUUUCUUUCUUUUUUGUUGCCAGCAUGAAGUGGGCAUUAGAGGAACACGUUAAACGUUCUACCAUCAAGAAGAAAAUAAAGCAUAAAGAGAGAUCCCUUUUAAGAUAUUUUACUUGACUGACAGCUGCCUCAGCCAAUCACAGCCUCAGCUCCACUCCGGCUCCCUCACUGAAAACUCCUUCCUUCUAAUGUAAACCUGGUGUAGAUGUCACAGAUGCGGCAUCCAUGUUCUUUAACAGUGCGUGCAGUGUUAGUACUCGUUUCACAAAAUUUUGCGAGACACAGUUGCAUCACUUCACCCCAUCUUUUCUUUUACUUUCCGUUAAACAUGACGUUUCAUUUGGAGAAAAGGCAACUCUGCUAUGUUUAACAUUUCAUUUUCUUUCAGACAUGACAUGGUUGAGUCACAGGCUCAACUGUAGGUGUGUUGCACUGAUGCAUAACGCAGAGUUGAAUAUGCAGCAACAGAGACUUGCCAUUAACUACAGCUAAUACCGCAAGGAAACCCAAGUCCACUUUAAAUGUGACCUUUGUAAUUGAGAGAUAUAAUGUCAUUGCACGGGUUUAUUUGCCGAUCUUUCAGUCCACUGUGUCCCUUCCUCUUUGCUGAAUGGUGGAUGGUAUUGUAUGUUAUUUUAAGUGUAUUAACGUUCUGUAUAUCGGUGUAAAUGUGGCAUGGAAACCAACCCCUCUUGUGUGCCUCAGGUGUGUAAAUUUGGUCGUUACGUGAUCUCAAUGUCUGGCUGCUUAUUUGUGAGACGUGUGACGCAUCUCAUGUGUUUCUGUAAUUUAUUGGUAUUAACAUUAUUUGGUUUUCUGUAUUUUUGUUCUUUGGUCUGAAAAGCAAGAUUUCUGUUAUUAAAGGUACCACUUUUAUUAUA